AUGUUGCCAAGGCCGAUAUGUAGGACGUCAGUCCUUCGGGCACUGAGGUUGCCCGUCUCCAGGAGAGCCCUCCUACAGAGACGAACGCUCAUCGCUGCACCGAAGCCGGGAGACGGACCUCUGAUGGAAAGGCGGUCCGACAGGGAGCUGCCAGACGUCGAAUCAAACCGCUUCCGCUGGUCGCGCACGCUGCCCAUCUUCUUCGCUAUUGUCGCCGCCGCCAGCGUCGCCAUCUUUAACUACCAGAAGAGCUCCUCGCCCGUCGUGUCGUCCACGCUGUACGCCCUGCGCCACAACGCCCGCGCCCGCGAGUACCUCGGCGACGAGAUCUACUUCGAGCAGCAGAUCCCCUGGAUCAGCGGCGAGAUGAACCAGCUGCACGGCCGCAUCGACAUCAACUUCAAGGUCAAGGGCACCAAGAACACGGGCGUCAUGCACUUCGCGAGCUUCAGGCCCACGCCCAAGGGCGUCUUUGAGACCACAGAGUGGAGCCUUGAGACGAGCGAUGGGAAGAGGAUCGACCUCUUGGACGACGGGGACCCGUUCCGCGCGAUGAGGAUGCCGGGUGGGCUGGACGAUGACGACGACGAUGCCACAAGAGGGUUCAGGCACUAG